UGCUCAAGGGCGGAGUAGCGCCAAGCCGCCAACCUCUCGGCCCCCCCGCUGCAAUUUGAGCUAGCCAAUGGAGUAUCCAUGGACGAUAUUCUUCAUUUUGAUCAGCCUUUUUUUUACUUUCGCCGCAGGUUUGGUUUCUGCUAUCAUCCUCAAAGCUUAUAGGAGGAGAUUCAAUCACGAGCACGUUGAAGCUCCUGCAAUCUUGGAGGACCCAAACUCGUUGAAACGGGUUCCUUGCCCUUCAAUUUUCGAUCCAGCUGAGAAGUAUAUGUCCUUGAUCGUUCCUGCUUACAAUGAAGAGUACAGGCUUCAUGGAGCUCUUGAGGAAACUAUUAAUUACCUUCGACAACGUGCAGCAAAGGACAAAACAUUUUCAUAUGAGGUGGUAAUUGUUGAUGAUGGCAGUGUUGAUGCAACUAAAGGAGUAGCUUUCAAUUUGGUUAGGAAGUACUCUGUAGAAAAUGUGAGGGUUAUACUUCUUGGGAAAAAUCAUGGAAAAGGGGAAGCUACUAGGAAGGGAAUGCUUCAUUCACGUGGUGAGCUACUUCUAAUGCUGGAUGCUGAUGGAGCAACCAAUAUCACUGACCUAGAAAAACUUGAAAACCAGAUUCACGCAGAAGUAAAGAAGGAAGCUUCAAGAGAUUCAAGUGUUAGAAUAUCUGAUGUUCCAAUCACUGCAUUUGGUUCUCGCGCCCAUCUUGAGGAGAAGGCUCUGGCUACAAGGAAGUGGUACCGCAAUUUCUUGAUGAAGGGAUUUCAUCUCGUGGUUCUUCUGACAGCUGGUCCUGGAAUACGGGAUACACAGUGUGGUUUUAAGAUGUUCACGAGAUCUGCUGCAAGGAAGCUUUUCACCAACAUCCGUUUGAAGAGGUGGUGCUUUGAUGUUGAGUUGGUUUACCUCUGCAAAUAUUUUGGCAUUCCAAUGCUUGAAGUAUCUGUGAACUGGUCUGAAAUACCCGGAUCCAAGCUAGGUCCUUGGAGCAUUUUAAACAUGCUUUGGGAGCUCGCACUCAUGACUGUCGGAUACAGAACUGGAAUUUGGAGAAUUUCAAUCUGAACUUCCGACUGAAUUUCUUUCUUAGACAAGCAAGGGAAGCUGAUCAGUUCACCAUACGGUACAUGUCACACCCACAAUAGUUCGUGGUGUGCAAAACUUAGAGCUGAACAGAUUUUGAACCAGCGAUUACCCUUAAGAAUAAGUCCAUAAAAUUUUGUUCAGAUCACUAAUGUGAUUAUUCUUUCUAAUUGUUUUUCAAAUUUAGCAUCAUCUUAGAAGCAUUUGGUUUGAAGCCUGUGGCUAAAUUUUUCUAUUUUGGGAUGACAUCUUUGAAACUGAACUUCCGGGCAUCUAAAACGCUUGAUCGUAUUUAGGGCAAGUAAUACAAGUGAUCGUGGUGCAACCAAGUUCAUGUUCACAUGUUA